AUGAUGAUGAUGAUGAUGGAAAAUGAGCUGAAAGCCGCACCCGGAAGUGCUGUUGCCACAACGGCUGCAGCGGCUAAUAGCGUAUCUGCAGCAGCAGCUCUGCAGGAUGCCUUUUCACUCUAUAGUGCAAUGCCACCAAGUUUCUCAAUGCCGCCAACAUCCACUUCCUCAAUACCAACAAUCGAAGACUGCUGUGAUCCAAAUUCACCAGGAUCACCAAGUUUGAAAGAUAAAAAAGCAAGUGAUGAUCGUGUGAAACGUCCAAUGAAUGCAUUUAUGGUUUGGUCCAGAGGCCAGCGUCGUAAAAUGGCUCAAGAAAAUCCAAAAAUGCAUAAUUCUGAAAUAUCAAAGCGUUUGGGACAGGAGUGGAAGUUACUUAAUGAAUCGGAGAAGCGACCAUUCAUCGAUGAAGCAAAACGCCUUCGAGCUAUUCACAUGAAGGAGCAUCCAGAUUAUAAAUACCGUCCAAGGCGGAAGACUAAGAACUUGCCAAAGAAAAACGGCCUAGGUAUGUCCCCUGGCACGUUUUUAGAUCCAAUAAAAACGCAAAAUAUUUAUCAGCCAAUGGGAAGUGGCUGGCAACAACCUAUUAAUUCUGUUUCAACUUCACCUUACUUUGAUUCUUAUUCGUUAUACGGUCGCACGGGUUACGAAAAUAUGAUUGGCAUGCCGUAUUCGCUUGGUAAUGCUGCGUCACCUGCUUAUUCUCAAUCACCAAGUUGCUCGUUGGCUGCAGCAGCGGUACAUUAUCAACAAGCUGCGGCUGCACAACAACAACAACACUACAAUGCAUCAUCUUUAUCUCUCUCAGGCAAACCUGAGACUUCUCCUAAUGGUAGAAACACGGGGACAAGUAAUGACGAAUCACCAGAUUCUGUAGCCACGGCAUCUAUCGCAGCAACUGGCUCACCAUUAACAUCUCAUUUCCGUGCCUUUUAUGAUCCUCAUAAAGAUUCUUCAUCUACUUCUACGUCAACGUCAAAUUCUGCUGUGGCGGCAGCUGCCACCGCAACAAUGAAUAUGUACAUGCCGCAAGAUCCAAGAUUACAGUAUGCCGCGUUAAACGGUACCAUGGAUGGCCAUAUGACUUUACCCUUACAGCACAUGCAGUCCAUGUGA